AUGAAUAGCAGCUGUUGUGCUUUUGAGGAACCCAUUCUAGAUCUUAUUCUUCCUCCCAUUUUACUCACGGAGUUCAUCCUUGGCAUGGUCGGUAAUAGUCUUGGACUGUGGAUGAUCUGCUUUGGGGUGAAGAAGUGGAAGCCAAACUCAGUGUAUCUGCUCAGUUUAACUCUAGCAGACUUUGUGGUUCUUUUCUGUGUGAUAUUCCGUGCAGAUUAUUACCUUCACCAUCAAAACUGGCUGUUUGGUGAUAUCCCCUGCAGACUGUUGCUAUACAUCUUGACUGUUGCCCGAGCUGCUGGCAUGAUCUUUUUGUCUGUCAUUGCACUUAAUCGUUACUGCAGGAUCCUGUUUCCUUUCCAUAAGGUGAACAGUAUUACUGUGAAGCAGGCCACAUGUAUCUGCAUUUUGCUGUGGCUAUUCACCUUCACAAUUCACUCAUACAUUUUAUCAGACUCACACAUGGAUAGCCUACACAAUGUAACACAAUGUGAAAGUUUUACUAUAUGCCCGUAUUCGCAAACUGCGUGGCAAGAUGCAUUUUAUAUUACGCUGUCAUCUCUGUCCUUUCUGAUUAUCUCGUACUGUACAAUCCACAUCGCUUUACAUUUAAAGGGAAAUGCCAUUGACACAAAUGGAAAGAUAGGGAGAGCAACAAGGUUCCUCAUGUUAAUUGCUGUUGUAUUCAUGAUUUGUUAUCUACCAAGUGCUUCUGGUAGAGUUGCUAUUUGGGUAUUGAAGUUAAUGAAAUAUAGGGACUGUGUGUACUUUGCGGAUUCAAACCUUGUCUUUUAUUUCACUAUUUGCUCUACUUACUUCUACAGCAUGCUCAAUCCCUUUCUAUAUUAUUUUUCUAGUCCAUCUUCCUAUACAUUAUCACCAAAAUUAUGUAAAAAAAAAAGUGAAGGAAGUUGA